UCUCUUUCAAACCACUCCCUCUAACAAGUAGGAGCAAGCAACAAUGAUAAAGCACAUGAGAACAGGGAGGUUCCUCUUCUACACCAGCUUAACUGCUCUGCAUGAGAUUAUUACUCAAACCUGACUCUUAAGGAACGAUAUAUUCGACAGCUAUGGACUUUAGUCUUCUGACUGAGGAUGUGUGAAGUGAAAGUUUACACUGGACUAUCCCGCAACUUAGUACUGAGAUUUCUGACUUUGUGAUUCUUCCCUGUGGAGGUCUGCUGUGAUAAGAUCUUCUUAGGAAUACAGAAGUCAUGGACCUGACACUGUGGCACUAUCAGUUCCGCGUCAUCAUGCUGGGGGACUCAACUGUGGGCAAGUCAUCCAUGCUGAAGCGAUACACAGAGAACCAGUUCCUAGAAUAUAUUAAUGAGACGGUCGGAGUGGACUUCUAUGUGCAUUUCCUGGAGGUGGAGCCUGGCAUGAUGGUUAAACUCCAAUUCUGGGACACGGCUGGACAGGAGAGGUUCAGGUCUGUGACCCGCUCCUACUACCGGAACUCAGUUGGAGGCCUGUUGGUGUUCGACGUGGGGAACCGUGCCUCGUUUGAGCAUUUGAGAGACUGGUACUCUGAAGUGUGCGAGCAUGUCAUGCCUCACACUAUGAUCUUUGUGCUAGUGGGCCAUAAGAGUGACCGUGAGUCAGAUGGAGAGCGCACUGUCUCCAAAGGUGAGGCGGAGAAACUGGCCGCUCAACUCGGAAUGCCUUACGUGGAAGCCUCGUCCAAAACGGGCCAGAAUAUUCAAAUGUGUUUUGAAGUACUGACACAGCGAAUCUACCAAAGGCUGCAGAGUGGAGAGGUGAGGAUGAGAGAAGGCUGGGAUGGAAUAAAGAGUUCAGCUCUACAAGUGCAACAAUUACAGAGUCUCCAAGAGAGUGAGCAAACAAAUGAGAAAAAAGGUUGCUGUUAGCACUUUAGAACAACCAUUUAUUUCCAAAGAUUCCUCUAAGAGACUAUAAUCAAUAUGGUGACCUGACACUGAUAAUUGCCAAGUAGACUAUCAAGCAUUGUUCCCUAAGUACCUGUUUUCAGCAGCUGGAUUUCCUUUCUGAAGGAAUAAGAUCUUACAGAACAUAUGAAAACUGCUAUUGUGACAUAUAUCAAGCAGGAACAAAAACUUCCUUAAAAUUACAAUAGCAAUGUUGAACAAAACAGGAUUUCUUUUUUCUUUGUUCUAUAUUUUUUAUAGUUUUUUAUUUGAUUUGGGUAAAGGAAGUUUACACAUACACUUACCAUAACCAUCUGCUUUAGAAUGCAGUUACUAGAUACUGUCUAGAUAUUAUCUGUUACUGGAUAGUGAAGCAUACUUAAGAACUUGGAAUUAUACAAAUGAGUUAAUGCUAGAAAUAUGUCACUAGGAGAGCGUACAUGAAAAUAUCUAAAGUAUAUAAAUAAAUGAAUAAAUUCAUAAAUAAAUAAAUAAACAAACAAAUAAAUAAAUAGUUAUAAAAUACUGCAUUGGCUUGCUUGAAGAUCAAAAGAUGGCUCAAUUUCUACAAAACACAUAAUUGUCAUAUAGAACCUUGUUAUUCCCAGGUCUUGUUCUGGUAGGUAAUUAUUUUCAUGGUACAAUGCUGCUUCACUUGUCUCACUGACGUGUUAUAACCAUAUUAACAUUAUACUUUUCAUUUUUGCCAAGAAAGGCACAUUGGGGUACACACUGUAUACACACCUUUUAUCUUACAAUAAAAAAUUUCAAAAGACAAAAA